AGCUUCCUUGGGAAUAAUACCUGUGCUUCUUAUGAAGAAAACCACCUGAAUCUUAAAAACUUUUCUACAGUAACUUGCAUGCUAASUUAACUUGCAUGCCUUUGCAAGGAGGAAAUUCUUUCUGCUUUACAAAUCCCAAAGAAGUAGCAAAAAGAGAAAGUUGGAAAACGGUUCUUUUAAGGAGGUGUGGAUAUAUCAGGAUGUAGCUAUUGUACAAACUUUAUCCUUGGAUAAUUUUGGACAGAAAAAGCAACCUGUCCCUGAUCUCCUGAAGAGGCUACCGUCAUUCAAGCCUCAGCAUAAUGAGUAGUUUCCAUCAUGUGGAGCUGAAAUUACCACCUGUGACUACCACACUACAGAGGAGAGUUUGUGAGAAGUACAAAGAAAGUUAUUCCUGUUAAAAGCAUUAAACCAAACAAAAGGGGCUCUUCAUUCACAGACCUUAUAUGAAGACAAAAAUAGAAGCCUCAUUGCGGCCCAGGGAGAGGAAGCUGAAGCUUUUCUGCUCCACGGCCUAUUGUGCUUAUGGACCAUGAUAAAUCUUGGCUGGAAUGUUCAUUGAACACAGUGCCAGGAGGCUGGAGACAAACCUGCACCAGGGAGGAUCCUUUGAGUAAACAGAGUUGAGAAAACACAACUGCAUGGAGUAACCCACACRAAAGUGACUCGCAGGAAAAGAAAUUUCACUUACUGGAUAUCCUCAAGCACAAAACUUACUCGUACCUUUAAAUACGAUUGUUGAAGAUCAGAACUGUAUACAAAUCUCGUCAUUCCUGACCAUGAUUAGUGUAACCUGGAACAUCUUCCUAAUUUGGACUAAAAUAGGGCUGUUACUUGACAUGGCACCUUAUUCUGUCAGUGCCAAACCGUGCCCUUCAGUUUGUCGCUGUGAUGUGGGUUUCAUAUAUUGUAAUGAUCGCGAUUUGACAUCUAUUCCUACAGGAAUCCCAGAGGAUGCUACUACCCUCUUCCUUCAGAACAAUCAAAUAAAUAAUGCUGGGAUUCCUUCAGAACUGAAGAACUUGCUUAGGGUGGAAAGAAUAUAUUUAUACCACAACAGCCUAGAUGAAUUCCCUACCAACCUCCCUAAGUAUGUCAAAGAACUGCACUUGCAGGAAAACAAUAUAAGGACCAUUACUUACGAUUCACUUUCCAAAAUUCCUUAUUUGGAAGAACUGCAUUUGGAUGAUAAUUCCGUUUCUGCUGUSAGCAUCGAAGACGGAGCUUUCCGGGACAACACGUAUCUCCGACUGCUUUUUCUCUCUCGCAAUCACCUUAGCACCAUCCCCUGGGGUUUGCCUAAAACCAUAGAAGAGCUACGCCUCGAUGAUAAUCGCAUUUCCACAAUUUCAGAGCUGUCCCUUCAAGACCUCACCAAUCUAAAACGCCUCGUUUUAGAUGGAAAUCUUCUAAAUAAUCAUGGAUUAGGAGACAAAGUCUUCAUGAAUUUAGUCAAUCUUACGGAACUGUCAUUGGUUCGCAAUUCCCUUACAGCCGCACCGGUCAAYUUACCCGGAACAAAUCUAAGAAAGCUUUAUCUGCAAGAAAACCACAUAAAUCGCGUGCCACCCAAUGCCUUCUCUUACCUAAGGCAAUUGUAUCGACUAGAUAUGUCCAACAACAACCUUAGCAAUUUACCUCAGGGUGUCUUUGACGAUCUGGACAACAUCACCCAGUUGUUUCUUCGCAACAACCCGUGGCACUGCGGGUGCAAAAUGAAAUGGGUUCGCGACUGGCUGCAGUCACUGCCUGUGAAGGUUAACGUACGUGGACUGAUGUGUCAGGCACCAGAAAAAGUACGUGGAAUGGCUAUCAAAGACCUCAACGCUGAACUGUUUGAUUGUAAGGACGAGGGUGUCAUAAGCACCAUCCAAAUCACUACCGCRGUACCAAACACGCUCUAUCCGGCCCAAGGACACUGGCCUCUUUCUGUGACCAAACAACCAGACAUAAAAACUCCCAAUCUGAAUAAGAACUACAGAACCACCACGAGCCCAGUGCGCAAAGUCAUCACGAUCUUUGUGAAAUCUGUAAGCACGGAGACUAUCCACAUCUCCUGGAAAGUUGCACUACCCAUGACGGCGCUAAGGCUGAGCUGGCUCAAGAUGGGUCACAGCCCUGCCUUUGGAUCUAUAACUGAAACCAUAGUCACAGGGGACCGAAGUGACUACCUGCUCACCGCUCUGGAGCCCGAAUCGCCCUACCGGGUCUGUAUGGUCCCGAUGGAGACCAGUAACACCUACCUGGCAGACGAAACCCCCGAGUGCAUCGAGACCGAAACAGCGCCCCUUAAAAUGUACAACCCCACGACCACGCUGAACCGAGAGCAAGAGAAAGAGCCGUACAAGAACUCGAGCUUACCCCUGGCCGCCAUCAUAGGCGGCGCGGUGGCCCUGGUGGCCCUGGCGCUGCUGGCGCUGCUCUGCUGGUACGUUCACCGCAACGGAGCCCUCUUCUCGCGGAACUGUGCCUACAGCAAGGGCCGCAGGAGAAAGGACGACUACGCCGAAGCGGGAACCAAGAAGGACAACUCCAUCCUCGAAAUCAGGGAGACUUCUUUUCAGAUGAUACCGAUCAACAGCGACCAGGUGUCCAAGGAGGAGUUUGUAAUACACACCAUAUUCCCGCCUAACGGAAUGAAUCUGUACAAGAACAGCCACAGUGAAAGCAGUAGUAACAGGAGCUACAGGGACAGUGGUAUUCCAGAUUCAGAUCAUUCACACUCAUGAUACUGAAGGAAAUGAAAGACUGAUUUGGGUUUUUUAAACGAGAAAAGACUGACUUUAAGGGUUGCUGUUCUACUGCAAAACACUGGAUUAAGAGAACUGACAAAGCAAUGUACUGUACAUUUGCCAUAUAAUUUAUAUUUAAGAACUUUUUAUUAAAAGUUUCAAAUUUCAGGCUACUGCUGCGAUUAAUGUAGUGGGGAUACCUGACCACAAUUCUAUAUUUUAGUAUUUUUUAGUAAUUUGUACUGUAUUUUCCUUGCUAAUAUUGAAGUUACAGACCAUUUAACUUUUGUGUUCUACUGAGUACGAUGACUUGUUGACUGUGAAAGUGAAUUUUCUUGCCGUGUUGCGCAGUCAGAACAUUCAUCUGAGAUCCUUGUAAGUGUAAGCACAGGCCAUUUUUCACUUUGGUAUCAAUAAAACAACG